AUGAAAGUUGACUUCCAAGAACUUGUUCAUCAGAAACUUGACUGGGAUGACACCAUUCUAGACAAUCUGCGUCCAAUCUGGGAAUCAAUUUUCAAUUUUAUCAAGGAACUUGAUGCCAGCCACUCAAUGGUUUGUGUCGCAAUCUACGGAAGAUUUCUCGGACGUAAUGGGCAAUACUCCUGUCAACUCCUUUUUGGCCGAACAAGAUCUGUGCCAAAAGAUUUCACCCAACCAAGGACAGAAUUGUAUGCUGCAGUUAUCAACACUCAUACAGGAGAAACCGUAAGACGUGCUUUGAAAGAAUGGGAUCAGUCAUCAAUAAAGUUCACUGACAUCCAAAUCGUUUUACAUUGGAUUGAAAAUGAAGAGAAGCCUCUUAAGCAGUAUGUACGAAACCGAGUUGUAGAGACAAGAAGAUUCACAGAGAAAAGUCAAUGGUUUUAUGUAAACACCACCAACAUGAUUGCAGAUAUCGGUACCAGGAAAGGGGCAACCAUCAAGGACAUAUCUGAAUCAUCACCGAGGAUCAAUGGAUCUGGCUGGAUGCGAGGAGAUCAAUCUCAAUUCCCUGUCCUAAGCGCUAGAGACCUAUGUUUAAAUGAUUCGGAAAUCAAGGAAAUCAGCAAGGAAACUUUCUACGUCACCAGGAAGGAAGAUCAAGGAUUUUCAGAGCGAUACUCAUUUUCAAAAUAUCUGAUUGACCCAAGUCGCAAGAACUUCCACACUAUUGUUCGAAUACUUGCUUACGUCAUUAAAUUCUGUGAUGCAAUCAAAAACAAGUGCUCAUCAACCAUCAACUUUGUCAGGUCAAUACAUCUCACUGAAACAGAAAUUCACCUAGCAGAAUCGUAUUUCUUUAAAAAGGCAACUCAGGAGAUUCUGUAUUUCGUCGAUCCACGUAAAUACGAACCCAUCUCAACACUCAAGGAUGGAAUUCUGAUGUACAAUGGUCGUAUCUUGUCAAAAAGCAAUGCAACAAUUGUUGGAAGAUUCACUAAAGCUAUCAUCAUCUAUGAUGUUCACUGGAACAGAAAAUCAAGCAAACAUGCUGGGAUUGAGACAGCCAUUAGGGAGGUCUUAAAGAAAGUCUAUGUCAUUGAUUGUCCUCCAUUAGUGAAGAUGAUCAAGAAGUCGUGCAUCAAAUGUCGCCUGAUCAACAAGAAACAAAUUCAAGCCAUUAUGGGCCAGAUUCCUACAUCAAGCAUGACCAUUGCACUUGCGUUCUAUAACACUCAAUUGGAUUUGAGUGGUCCUCAUCAGUCAUUCUUAACUGCUCACAAGAGGACCACAGUCAAGAGGUUUGUUGUGUACCGUUGCUGUUCAACUUCAGCUGUGAUGAUCAACGUAAUGGAUGAUUACUCAUCGAUAGCAUUCAUACAAUCCUUCACCCGCUUUUCUACCAGAUAUGGCUUUCCGAAGAAAGUGUUCUGCGAUGAAGGUUCUCAACUCGUUAAAGGAUCAAAGACCAUGAAGCUGAAUUUCACAGAUAUAAAAACACAAGUGUUCCGAGUACGAAGCGUGGAGUUCGAGACAUGCCCUGUCGGUGGCCACAACGUUAAUGGAAAAGUGGAGAGGAAGAUAAAGGAAAUCAAUCAAUCCUUAGAAAAAGCAGUCACCAACCAGAGGUUUUCCAUCCUACAGUGGGAGACACUGGUAUCGACUAUAGCAAACACAAUCAACAACCUUCCGCUUGCUGUUGGCAACGUUGUGGAAGUCGGGAACAUGGAUCUCAUCACCCCUAACAGCUCAUUCUUGGACGAAAUAACAAUAGAAGCCCUGUUGGAAAUCUAA